AUGGAGCCGGCAGCCGGCGGACCCGGCUCGCUGAUCUUGAACAAUAAGCAGCCCCAGCCGCCGCCACCUCCGCCGCCAGCAACCGCGCAGCCUCCACCCGGGGCACCGCGGGCCGCCGGGGGUCUGCUGCCUGGGGGCAAAGCCCGAGAGUUCAACCGCAACCAGCGCAAAGACUCGGAGGGCUAUUCUGAGUCACCAGACCUCGAGUUUGAAUAUGCUGACACUGAUAAGUGGGCUGCAGAGCUCUCAGAGCUUUACAGCUACACGGAAGGGCCAGAAUUCCUGAUGAAUCGAAAAUGCUUUGAGGAGGACUUCCGGAUCCAUGUGACAGACAAGAAGUGGACCGAGCUGGAUACCAACCAGCACCGUACCCAUGCCAUGAGGCUCCUGGAUGGCUUGGAAGUCACUGCCAGGGAGAAGAGACUCAAGGUGGCUCGAGCAAUUCUCUACGUUGCCCAAGGCACCUUUGGGGAGUGUAGCUCAGAGGCAGAGGUGCAGUCCUGGAUGCGCUACAACAUCUUUCUGCUCCUGGAGGUGGGCACCUUCAAUGCUUUGGUGGAGCUUCUGAACAUGGAAAUAGACAACAGUGCUGCCUGUAGCAGUGCGGUGAGGAAGCCGGCCAUCUCGCUGGCUGACAGCACAGACCUGAGGGUCCUGCUCAACAUCAUGUACCUGAUUGUGGAGACCGUUCACCAGGAGUGUGAAGGUGAUAAGGCCGAGUGGAGGACAAUGCGACAGACCUUCAGGGCCGAGCUGGGUUCCCCGCUAUACAACAAUGAGCCAUUUGCCAUCAUGCUGUUUGGGAUGGUGACCAAAUUUUGCAGUGGCCAUGCCCCUCACUUCCCCAUGAAGAAAGUUCUCUUGCUGCUCUGGAAAACAGUAUUGUGCACGCUGGGCGGCUUUGAGGAGCUGCAGAGCAUGAAGGCUGAGAAGCGCACCAUCCUGGGCCUCCCCCCACUGCCUGAGGACAGCAUCAAAGUGAUCCGCAACAUGAGGGCUGCCUCGCCACCAGCGUCUGCCUCAGACCUGAUUGAGCAGCAGCAGAAACGGGGCCGUCGAGAGCACAAGGCUCUGAUAAAGCAGGACAACUUGGACGCCUUCAAUGAGCGGGACCCCUACAAGGCUGAUGACUCUCGAGAAGAAGAAGAGGAGAAUGAUGAUGACAACAGUCUGGAGGGGGAGACAUUCCCCCUUGAGCGGGAUGAGGUGAUGCCUCCCCCACUACAGCACCCCCAGACUGACAGGCUUACCUGCCCGAAGGGGCUCCCCUGGGCUCCCAAAGUCAGGGAGAAAGACAUUGAGAUGUUCCUUGAGUCCAGCCGCAGCAAGUUCAUAGGUUACACUCUUGGCAGUGACACGAACACAGUGGUAGGGCUGCCCAGGCCAAUCCACGAAAGCAUCAAGACUCUGAAACAGCACAAGUACACGUCAAUUGCAGAGGUCCAGGCGCAGAUGGAGGAGGAGUACCUUCGCUCUCCUCUCUCGGGGGGAGAAGAGGAAGUCGAGCAAGUCCCUGCAGAAACCCUCUACCAAGGCUUGCUCCCCAGCCUGCCUCAGUACAUGAUUGCACUGUUGAAGAUCCUGCUGGCCGCAGCUCCCACCUCAAAAGCCAAAACAGACUCAAUCAACAUCCUAGCGGACGUCUUGCCCGAGGAGAUGCCCACCACUGUGUUGCAGAGCAUGAAGCUAGGGGUCGAUGUGAACUGCCACAAAGAGGUCAUUGUAAAGGCCAUUUCUGCUGUCCUACUGCUGCUGCUCAAGCACUUUAAGUUGAACCACGUCUACCAGUUUGAGUACAUGGCCCAGCACCUGGUGUUUGCCAACUGCAUCCCUUUGAUCCUAAAGUUCUUCAAUCAAAACAUCAUGUCCUACAUCACUGCCAAGAACAGCAUCUCUGUCCUGGAUUACCCUCACUGCGUGGUGCAUGAGCUGCCAGAGCUGACGGCAGAGAGUCUGGAAGCAGGUGACAAUAACCAGUUUUGCUGGAGGAACCUUUUCUCUUGUAUCAAUCUGCUUCGGAUCUUGAACAAGCUGACAAAAUGGAAGCAUUCAAGGACGAUGAUGCUGGUGGUGUUCAAGUCGGCCCCCAUCUUGAAGCGGGCCCUGAAGGUGAAACAGGCCAUGAUGCAGCUCUAUGUACUGAAGCUGCUUAAGGUGCAGACCAAGUAUCUGGGGCGGCAGUGGCGGAAGAGCAACAUGAAGACAAUGUCGGCCAUCUACCAGAAGGUGCGGCAUCGGCUGAACGACGACUGGGCCUACGGCAACGAUCUUGAUGCCCGGCCUUGGGACUUCCAGGCAGAGGAGUGUGCCCUCCGUGCCAACAUCGAACGCUUCAAUGCCCGGCGCUACGACCGGGCCCACAGCAACCCAGACUUCCUGCCAGUGGACAACUGCCUGCAGAGUGUCCUGGGCCAGCGAGUAGACCUCCCUGAGGACUUCCAGAUGAACUACGACCUCUGGUUAGAAAGGGAGGUCUUCUCCAAGCCCAUUUCCUGGGAAGAGCUGCUGCAGUGAGGCUCCUGGGCAGGGAACUGAAAAGGAAAGAAGGGGUGAUCUCCAGGUACCCCAGGGACUGUCCUGGUUCAUUGCUGCAGUGCUCCCAUCCUCCUCCAGGUGGCAGCACAGCCCCACUGUGCCCUUCCUGGCCAGCACUGGGCUGGUGGGUGAGUCCAGGUUUGGCCUCUCAUUGAUUCCCGGUGUCCUGCUUGGGAGUGCUCAUCUCUCUGCUUGGGAUCCUCUCUUCCUUCACUCCUCCUCGCCUUCUUCUCUUGGACAUGAUUGGUUGUAGCUCAUUUUUCAUUCAGCUCAAGGCUGGGAAAAGCUGGGAUGGGCUGGGAACCCAUUGUAUGUGAAUUUCAAGGGUCACGCUGACUCUUCCUGAGACAUGCAGAUCCUUGGCAUGUCAGCUCACCAAGGAGGAGGGCUUAGGAUUAGGGCCAGGGCCAGAAAGUGGGCAUCUUGGUUUUGCUUCGGGGGAUUUCUAAUGUCAUUCCAGCCUGCUGCUAAGUUUCAUCCAGAAGCCAUUGUAAAGGCUCCUGCAGCUGCCUCAGCACUUUGGUUUUGGACAGGGGUUGGGGUAGGAAGAGAACUUUCCCUUAACCAGAGGUGCCAUUUUUCCUCUUGGUUUGCAAGGGUCUGUAAAUAUCUAUAUAUACAUCUGUGUGUACUCUCUUGUGUCAUGCUGGGGUUUUUAAUGUGUUUGUGUAUUCAGUUUACAUUAAAAGGAAGCAAAAACAGUCCCCAUUGCCUUGCUGCAGGAAAUAUGGCCCCUGACUAUCUCUUCCAGGUCUAGAAAGUGGGUUUUCUUGCCAGCAUUGAUAGGUCACCCACUUGUCCCCUGCCAAGCUGCCCACCUUCCCUUCUCAGGGGGAAGGGGAGGAGUUGGCACUUGGAUCCAAAGCCUUCUUUCCUCACAUCAAGCUGGGAUUCCUCCAGCCCAGCUCCAGGGCUCUGGGUUGCCAGAGUAACAAGUUGUCCUGCACCCCUAGGUCUGAUGUAAUUGCAGUAGGAGCCCCAGGUUUCUCUGGAUCACACCCUGAGCUGGCCUCAGCCAAACCAGUUUCAGGGCUACGGAGGGAAGGCCUAGGUCAGAGAGGGGGUCGACUGCUCUGGGCCCUCACUGGGCAGGUGGUUGGGACUGAGAGUAGACUUAGUGCCCAGAGCUUAUGUGACCAUCAGGAGUCAGCUUCACAGUGGGAAGGAGAGCGUGAGAGGGCCCAGAAGCCUGUGUGGCUGAGGGAGAAGUAAGGAAAACCUUUGUGGUAUAUGUGAGUUUGCGGCCUCCUGGAGCCUGCACCUGGCCUCGGAUCCCUGGACACGUCUGCCUCCAGUUGGCUCCAUCUUGAGGCUCUGCUUCUGAGCAUCUUACCAUACUCUGAUGCUAGUAAAAGGAGGUUCCCUUUUCAGAACUGCUUGAAGUUCCCUUAUUUUACCUAUAGGCCAUGUGUAUGGGGUCUUAAGUCUCCAAGGGGUCUUGACUUACAAAGGAAACAUAUUUAGGGGAAAUCUCUUCUUUGUUGGUUCUUCCAUUUCAUUGCCUGCCUGGCUUGGCUUCUGCUGAGCCUCAGUCCAGGCCCCCAGCUGGGCUUCCAGCUUAGGAGCAGCAGGGUGGGAGCCAGCAGUGUACUCCUUAUGUAAGUAACAUAGCCUAUGAGAUGGGAAAUCCCUGUGAUUGGCCUUUUGCCACAAAGUAACUUGCAUGGGACAAGGGAAUUUGACAUAAUUCGUGUGUGCAUGAUGGAUUUUAUGCUCUUUCUUGCCAGGACCAAUAGGAAGUAUGUAUCUUGAGAUUCACAUUGUUCUUCUACCAGGCAGCCUGGCUCACUGAACCUGCCUGGCUGAGGCUCUGUCCUCCUACCCUUUUUUUUUUAUUUCCCCACUCCAUCCUCUGAAGCUUCCCUUAACCAGAGGUGCCAUUUUUCCUCUUGGUUUGCAAAGGUCUAUAAACAUCUAUAUAUAAAUCUGCGCAAAAAAGAAGACAGAAUAUCAAAGCUGCAAGGGCCAUAAAGCCUGGGGAGGUGAAUCCCUGUAUCUAUGGGGCCAGGACUGGCCCAGAAGUGUGCUCCUGGCAGAUUGGCCAUUUGAACCCUGACCUUUGUACAGAAAUAUCUUUUGGAGCAAGUGGCCAUCCAGUCUCUAUGGCUUUAUAUCUCAUCUGGGUCAUGAGGUGGGCAGGGUAUAUGAAGGCCCUUUGUAAAUGGUUAAGUUACCUAAAAUUUGCUAACCAGGCUCAGGGUCCAGUGGUCCUUCAAUCCAGUGAGGGACGGAUUACCCCGUGGCUGUGUCGCCCUGAGGAUGAGAACUGUCCCUUGUUAAUCAAGAGAGUUACCUCUUACUAGGUGCCAAAUAGGUACCAGGCCCAAUAUCCAUGCUUCUCAAAAGCUCAUUUUCCACACAAUAGCCAGCAAAUGUUGUGUGCUUAUCAUGUGCCAGCCACUGCUCCAAGCACUUUAUGUAUAAUAUCUUGUUGCUAAUAAUAAUCCUAAAAAGUAAUACCAUUACAGUGCAGAUGAGAAACUGGCACAGAAAGGGUAAAGAACUUGCCCAAGGUCAUAAAAUAAGAGAGCCAGAGCCCAGAUGCAAAUCCAGGUCUCUGUUUGCAAAGUGUGUAUGCGUCCACCCCCCGCCCCGCCCCUUCUCUAUUAAUCAUUGUUAUCCCCCAGCACUUACCACAGUGCAUUCAUUUGCUCAUUUAUUCACCUUAGUCAGUACUUAGUAUUUGCUCAAGCAUGGUCCCUGGCAAGAAGAUUCUUGGCAAAUGUCAGUUGCUUUAGGCCACCCAAGCUUGGCCUUGGCCUAGCCUCCACUGUGCCCCAAAUGUGCCCUCCUCAAGGUAACUUGGGGGCUCUCUUUUCUUCCUUUUCAGCCUGAGUCUGAGUGUCUUACUCUCCUGGGUCCCAGAGGACUCAUGUGUGGCUGCCCCUGUCUUACCUGUGAGGCUUAUCUCUUGGGAGGCUGGCUUCCUGUCUGUCCUCUAAUGAACUGACCGCUUAGAGAAGUGGUAGCUGUGCCAUUCAUUUGCACUUGGCAGUCAGCCUCAGGCUAUAAAACAAGGGGGUUGCACCCUUUGGGAGUGAGACAGCCUUGACUUUCAAUCCAGGCUCUGACAGUUACUCACUGAGGCACCUUGAGCAAGCUCGAAGCCUCAGGUGACUCAACUGUAAAAAUUGGUUUAAUAAUAGCAAGGUGGUUUUGAGGGCUGAAUAAGGUAAUGGAUAAUGGAUCUACAUACCUGGCUGACAAGAAACGACACAGCUAAUAAAUAAAUGGCAGCUAUUCUUGGUGUUGCUAAUGGCCCUUCCAACUCUAACCUUCUAUGAAUUUGCAUCUAUUUCCUGUGUCCCCUGGAAAACAGAGACCCCCUUCAAGGACCAGAACCAUGUCUUAGGCCUUCUUAUAUCUCUCAUCCUUAGCUCACUGCUCUGAAUACAGAACCCUCUCAAAAGAGUCAGCCACUCAUCUAGCAACCCUGCCAUCAGACCAUGAAGGCGUGUCCUGGGCCUGGCCCCAUUCCAGGUGUCCAGGUGAAUAGGACACCAUACUCGCUCACUUUCCUUGACGAGCUCACAGUUGUUGGAGACAUGGCCAUAAAAGCAAGUAAGGGCAAAAUGUGGUAGGUACCGAGACAGACAUCUGCAGGGCCACACAGGUCCCAUUGGUCCCAGCUAGUGCACUCCUACUGGAGAAGAGACUGGGUGGGGGGGCAUGCAGUUGUCGAGUGGGAAGGGAGGGGGCUCCAGCAUCAGGAACAAGGGCUCCAAGAGAGGACACUUUGUGCUUCUUGACCCCCCUGGUGAAAAUGGCUAGGAUGAGGCUGGGGCAGGGGUGAGGUAUGUACUCCUGCUGGAUACAGGAAAUGCCCAGUUUCUGGUGAUGUUGGGCUCUGUUCCUGUCUGGAGAGUCCACUUCUGGGUUGUAAUUCAGAUUGAUGUGUAAAUGGUUCGGGGAGGUGGGUAACGAAGAUUGAAUGCCUCUAAUGAGAAGCAUUUCUCUAUGUUCGACUGAGGCUGGAAGCCUGGACUGAAGGGCCCACUGGCUAGGGCCCUUCUCUCUGGGCCCUGGUGGUCCAUGCCCCUUCUGGGACCAAGAUUUAGGGCUUCUCUGGGUGGGCCUCACUGGGGUGGAGAAGAGCCUUAACAAAGGGAGAUUGAGCCUAGCAACUCUCUUAAAGUUGGGAUUCCAAGUGGGGCCACUUCCCUUUUCCUUUUUCAGAAAGGGUGACCAGAUCCCCAGCCUGGCCUUGGGGAAACAUGAGGCCUAGGCUGAGGGCUGAAGUAGCCUCUGGAGUGAGGCUGGGGACAGGGGCAUCUGGAGACCUGGGGGCUGUGUCUUAGGGGUGAGACGCCUAGGGUGUGGAGGAGGAGGGGAGGAUGGAAGGGCAGCUAAUGGAAAGCAGGUGGAAGGGCUGCCUAUGUCCCAGCCAGGGGACAGGCCGGCUGGGAUGGCCCAGUCAGUGGGAGAACCCGUCAGCUCACAGAUAAUCCCAGGGAACAGGCUCCGAGAUGCCCAUUCAUAUUCAUUAUGUGUGAAGUGGGCGGUUGUAAAGUUAGCUUUCUCUUCAUUUAGCUGUCACUGGACAGAAAAAUAUGAGCUGUGGGCAGAUGCCCCUGGAUGGGAGCCAGUAGCUGGUCUCUGGCCUCCCUGUGCCCUCCCCCUGCAGGGCCUCCCUCCCGCACAGGGCCGGCUCCUGGCCUCUGCCCGCCCCUUCCACUCUUGCUGCAUUGAUCUCUGGCUCGACUUUAUUUUCUUCUCGCAUCUGUCUCUUCCCCACUUCUGCUUCCUGUGCUCGGACUUUCACAGAUCCCUUCCUCUUCCUUCUCUCCGUCUCUCCCUUUCUAAGUUGUGAGAGAAAGGAAAUCAUGUUUUUCUUGACCAUCGCUCUAUCUCUGGCACCAGCACAAUGCCUGGCACAGAGCAGGCACUCAAUAAAUAUUCGUAGAACAAAUGGA